AUGUACAAUGGUCACAAAAGAGUUCACGCACUCCAGUUCGAGACUGUUGUCACCCCAGAUGGACAUAUCUCUCGUCUAUUUGGCCCCGUUGAUGGCCGCCGUCACGACUUGUUCAUGUUGAAUGAGAGUGGAUUCAAGGACGUACUCAAGAACAACUCGAAUUUCCACAACAAUCUGAUCUGUGGCGACCCAGUGUACGGAUGUACGAACGUGUUUUGCUGUCCGUACAAAGGCUGCCAUCUCGACGCCACCCAACAGGAACUGAAUAAGGUUAUGAGCGCUAUUAGAGUGUCGGUUUAG